CUGCGCCUACAACUGUACCUUGGAAGUAGUCAGUGUGACACUUCCCCCAAAUCUCUGCGAACAACCCGGUUCGCAUCCCACAAUACCCUUACUGUCUAUACCAUUGGAACAUCACCACCAUGACGGACAGUUUAGCAUCGCAGCUAGGCCAAACCUCGUUAAACGAUGGCGCGGGCGAUAGCAAUUGGAAAGACUCGCUGAAAAUACCGACAAAAGACACAAGACAACAGACAGAAGAUGUGACGGCUACUAAAGGUCUCGAAUUCGAGGACUUCUACAUCAAACGUGAAUUGAUGAUGGGUAUAUUCGAAGCUGGUUUCGAGAAGCCGUCGCCUAUCCAAGAGGAGACUAUUCCCGUCGCCCUCACCGGUCGAGAUGUCCUGGCAAGAGCAAAGAACGGAACAGGCAAAACCGCAGCCUUUGUUAUUCCUACACUGGAACGAAUCAACCCAAAGAACCCCAAGACGCAGGCACUCCUCCUUGUCCCUACUCGAGAACUCGCUCUUCAAACAUCUCAAGUGUGUAAAACUCUUGGGAAACACCUCGGCCUUAAUGUCAUGGUCACCACUGGCGGUACCGGACUCAAAGACGAUAUCAUCAGAUUGGGAGAGCCGGUCCACAUAAUAGUUGGCACGCCCGGCAGAAUUCUUGACCUUGCCAGUAAAGGCGUUGCAGACUUGUCUGAAUGCCCCAUCUUUGUCAUGGAUGAAGCCGACAAACUGCUUUCACCUGAAUUUACCGUUGUCAUUGAACAAUUACUCGCUUUCCUCCCAAAAGAUCGACAGGUCAUGCUUUUCAGCGCCACAUUCCCAAUGAUGGUCAAAACUUUCAAGGACAAACACAUGCGCAACCCAUACGAAAUCAACCUCAUGGAUGAACUGACUCUCCGCGGUAUCACUCAAUAUUACGCUUUCGUCGAAGAGAAACAGAAGGUUCACUGUCUCAACACGCUCUUCUCCAAGCUUCAGAUCAACCAGUCUAUCAUCUUUUGCAACUCCACAAAUCGCGUCGAACUACUCGCAAAGAAAAUCACCGAACUGGGUUACUCAUGCUUCUACUCUCAUGCCAAAAUGUUACAACAAAACCGCAACAAGGUCUUCCACGAUUUCCGUGCUGGUGUUUGUCGAAAUCUGGUCUGUUCGGAUCUGCUCACUCGUGGUAUUGAUAUCCAGGCAGUCAAUGUUGUGAUCAACUUUGACUUCCCCAAGAACGCCGAAACAUAUCUGCAUCGUAUUGGUCGUUCCGGAAGAUUUGGACAUCUUGGUCUCGCUAUUAACCUGAUCAAUUGGGAAGAUCGCUUCAAUCUUUACAAGAUUGAGCAGGAACUUGGUACAGAGAUUCAGCCGAUUCCGCCUUCCAUCGACAAGAGUUUGUACGUCUACGACAGUCCCGAGAACAUCCCUCGACCAAUGCCACCUCCAGCCCAGGCUCAACAGGGCAACUCAAACCCCUCAGCGAAUGCAUAUUCAAAUGGUCAGGCUCAAGGCGGCCGCAGACCAUACAAUCAAUCCAACGGGUACGGACAACAGUACAACAAUCAAGGGCGUGGAGGAUACCGAGGUCGCGGUCGUGGCCAGGGAGGUCGUGGACGUGGGGGUCAAUUCCAGCAAUCGGCGCCACCUGUUGGUCAAACUGCUCAAUAGUUCCUUUGGACUAUUGUGAGGUGUUUUUGAUCUAGCGACUGUCCUCUUUCUCUUACGGCGUUUACACUAUUUCCAUGCUCACGAAGGUCUAUGACGUGCGACAUGCGCAAGCUCGGAGUUUGACUGAUCAUGGAUAAUACGAUUUUCCUUUUGCUAUCAGAUCUGUACAACAGUCUCGUACAGAUUUCAGUCUUGGGUUGGGCACUUUCUGGAUGGAUGGCGGAAAGCGCACGAUCAACCUUGUCGACGGUCUGCUGAGCACCAUGGUUCACGGCAUUCCGUGU